CCACCACCACCAUGGGCCAUAUUCAGGAUUUCACCGCGGAUUCUGCCUGGGAGGCGCAUUGGGGGUAUUUCUCCCGGCAAAUUCCCUGCACCAAGGAUGCCGGCACCUGCGCCUAUCUGGACGCCGUCUACCACGGACACGAUGUCACCAUGCUGUAUAGCUUCAUCCUGUGGGCGGUGAUUGUAGGCAUCCUGUUUCUGUGGGCACUGGGAGGCCGUCUGGUGCGCCUUGACAGCCCUAUGCAGAGACAGAGUGCCCUCUAUCGUCUGGCGAGGACAAUCCAGUCGGCCGUCCGACGCUAUCUGCUGCCCGAAGCCUGGCCAGGGGUGUUCGGCCACACCACGCGCCUGCAGGUGCUGGUCUUCCUUGUGCUGUUGGGCUAUCUCUUCGUCUUCACGCUGGUGGGCAUCACCUACCAGACCUGGACCACCCCCAUCAGCGGCAGCUCGCAGCAUAACAUUCGCAGCGGACUGGGCCCCUGGGCGGAUCGCAUUGGCGUGCUGGCCUUUGCCCUCACCCCCCUCUCCAUCCUCCUUGCCAGUCGCGAGUCUCUGCUGUCGCUCAUCACGGGGAUCCCCUACCACCACUUCACCUUCCUGCACCGCUGGCUGGGCUACAUCAUCUACGCGCAGGCCGCCCUGCAUACCAUCGGCUGGACGGUGGUCGAGGGCAAGCUGUACCAGCCGCAGCCCGCGCACUGGAACAGCUUCGUCGCGCAGCCGUACAUCAUCUGGGGGAUCGUCGCAAUGAUCCUGCUGACCUUCCUGGUGCUGCACAGCACGAAGCGGGGGAUCCAGCUGACGGGAUACGAGUGCUUCCGCAAAGCGCACUACAUGGUGGCGAUGGUCUACGUCGGGGCGUGCUGGGCGCACUGGUCGAAGCUGUACUGCUGGAUGCUGGCCUCGCUGGGGGUCUGGGGGCUGGACCGGGGGGCGCGUCUGGUGCGCAUCGUGGUCCUACAUCAUCUGAACCUGCCGGCCCCGACGCCCUCGAGCUGGGGGGGUCUGCACAUCCCCGAAGCGGCGAUGCAGUUGCAUCCCAACCCCGUCGACGGGGACGUCCUGCGGCUGGACUUCCACCACAACCACGACCCGUGGCACAUUGGCCAACACUUCUUCCUCGUCUUUCCUGCCUUGAGUCUCCUGCAGGCCCACCCCCUCACCCCGUGCAGCGUGCCGGACACGCAUCCUACCGGCCAGCAGCACACAUACAUCAUCCGCGCGCGGAAAGGUCUGACGCGCGAGCUGGCCGUGUCUGCCGCCAGCGCGGCCCCUGGCACGCCCAAGCCCGCUGGGGAGACGACCCAUAUGACGCGCGCAGGACCGACGACCCCGGUGCUUCUCUGCGGGCCGUACGGGCAGGCCAUCGAAGACCGCAGCGGGGCGUCUCUGCCGGGUAACCUCCUGUGCAUCGCCGGCGGCACCGGCAUCACCUUCGUGCUUCCGCCCAUCCUGCACCGCAUCACCGCCCUCUCCCCUGCGUCGGACUCUCUCAUCGAGCUGAUCUGGAUGAUCCGCCGUAAGAACGACAUGCACUGGAUCGCUCCGGAGCUGGAGAUCCUGCAGCGCGUGGCGUCGACCACCGCGAAGACCCUCCGCGUGCGCAUCUUCGUCACGCGGGAGGCCGCACCCGCACCCGCGGAAGACAGCGCCUCGGAGGACGCGAAAACGCCCUGUUGUGGGGGGUCGGUCCGUGAUCCGGGGUGGACCGUCGAAUUCCCCCUGCCACAAGAAUCGUCCGCUCUCACAUCAGCCCGCCAUCCGGACCUCCACGCGCACGUCGCCUCGUUCCUGGAGCGGGUGGUGCAGGGCCCAACCCGGGUGCUGGCCAGUGGGCCGCCGGGGGUCAUCUCCGCGCUGCGCACGGCGGUGGCAAGACACAAUCAGCCGGGCAAGGUGUGGCGGGGGGAGGCGAGGGGGGAUGUCGAGUUGGUGGUCGAUGAUCGGGUGGUGUGGUGA